GAAUAACGUAAUAAAUCACAAUGACAAAUAGCAUACGUCCCCUGAAAAUCACCAUAGUCGGUGAUGGUAUGGUCGGCAAGACCUGUCUCCUCAUUACCUAUACACAAAAUGAAUUUCCCGAGGAAUAUAUUCCCACGGUGUUCGAUAAUCAUGCCUGUACCAUAACGGUGGAUAAUAAAGAAUAUAGUUUAACACUGUGGGAUACAGCCGGUCAGGAGGAUUAUGAACGUUUGAGGCCCCUGAGUUAUCCUAAUACAAGUUGUUUCCUAUUAUGCUAUUCGAUAAGUAGCCGAGCCUCAUUUGAGAAUAUCAAAAGUAAAUGGUGGCCCGAAAUACGACAUUUCUCCAGUAAUGUCCCCGUGGUUUUAGUUGGCACCAAAUUGGAUUUACGUAUAGAGAGAUCGGAAAAAUUUGUUACCACAGCCGAAGGAAGACGUUUGAAAAAGGAAAUUCGUGCCCACUCCUUUGUUGAGUGUUCCGCUAAAAAGAAGGAAAAUCUAGAAGCAGUAUUUGAAGAAGCGGUACGUGCCGUGGAAAAGAAACCCAAGACGGCUCCACGUAAAUGUACUUUCCUAUAGUUUUGUUAAAA